UCGACGGUCGCCUUCUCGCGCAAUGUCUCCUUUUCAUAAUGCCAUGGCUAGCAACCGAAAGCGAAAGGCCGAAGAUGACGGCGAUGAGAUGUCGGUCUCACCUCUCAACUCUCCUGCUACUCAAUCGCGACAACUUGCUGCGAGACCGUCGAAGAAGGUUCGGGCAAAUGAACUAGCCGGUCGACCUUUAUCGCUCCCUCGACUCCUCGAGACUCUCGAUAUCACACAACUGCGAACCGUACUACAAACCAUUUGCGAGCGACAACCUGAAAUCGGAGAGGAAGUUGUAAAGAGCGCACCGAAGCCCUCCGUCGAAUGCGCACUACAAGUAUUGAAGGAGUACCAAGAUAAAUUACGAGAUGCGUUCCCUUACGGCGAGUCGAGUUCCGACUACACGUAUUACCGAGUUAAACACCAACUGAUCGCGCUGAUCGAUGCCCUCGUUGACUUUACUCACCAAUUCCUCCCGCCCAACGAGACAAGCGCCAACCUCUCUCUACAAUACCUAGAUGGUGCUACGAAGGUAGUGCAUAGUUUACCUGAUUGGGAAAGCCAGAGCCACCGGCAUCACAAGGAGAACGUCUACUACGAAAUAUCGCAAGCUUGGGCUCUGGUAAUCAACGAAGCUUCUAAAAAGGGGGCCGGCUUUGUCUUACAUUCGGGCGGUUGGGACCAGAAGCUUGCCAAGCACAAUCAACAGUCUGGUGGGAGGUUAGGCGCUGCAAUCUCUUCGAUGGCUGCGAACGUCGGAUGGGUUGGUGGAAGCGCAGGCGGCAGUACCUCGAACGCGCCCGCCAACCAAAGCUCCAUCCUAGACCAGCUGAUGGCUGGUAAUUACGGUGCGCCUGUUCCGGUCGGACGCUGGUAGAGACUUCAAUGACUUGGGAGAAGAAGAUCAAAGAGCAGGUAGAGGAAAGAUGGGUUCAGGCGAGCCUCACAGCACGAAGUUUAAUGAGAAAAAUGAUGUUUGACUAGCAUCCAGCAUAUGACGGAGUAAGCAGUCGUGCACAUUAGGCAUCGAGGUUGGACGCAUUUGCACAUACUAUACCUCACAAUGAGAUUACGAUAAAUCUUUUUUUUUUUUUUCCUUUUUUUUCUGUUUUCAUUCCUUCGUUUUGAAGGGCAUGGCAUUGGUUCAUAGACUUGUCGGUCAAGGGUUUUCUG